AAAGGCAAAGAAAAACAGUAGAAAAAUGUCAGCUGCUAUGCCAAUCAAUCCCAAACCCUUCCUCAACAGUCUCACCGGGAAGGCUGUGAUGGUGAAGCUCAAAUGGGGCCAUGAGUACAAAGGAUAUCUCGUGUCUGUGGACAGCUACAUGAACCUCCAGCUGGCCAACACCGAGGAGCACAUAGAUGGACAAAAUACAGGAAACCUCGGGGAAGUCCUAAUCCGGUGCAACAAUGUCCUAUACAUCCGAGGGAUAGACGACGAUGAUGAAGAAGGAGAGAUGAGGGAUUAGUUUUAGUAAAGUCUCAAUAAAAUUCCACAAAAUAACAAAAAAAAAGUCUUUAAUUUCUGAUU